CUGCAGGGCCUGUGGAGAAAUGAGCUGGGCUCCAACAUGACCAUCUCAGCCAUGAACACAGCUGGGACCUUCUCAGGCUCCUACCACACUGCAGUGGCAGCCACCAACAAGCAGACCCUGGUGUCACCCCUGCAAGGGGUUCAGCAGCAUCCCGGUGCCAAGAGACACCCCAUGUUCAGCUUCACCGUGCAGUGGCAGUUCUCAGACUCCACCACUGCCUUUGUGGGUCAGUGCUUUGUGGAUCACCGUGGGAAGGAGACACUGGAGACCACGUGGCUCCUGCGGGAAGAGGUCCUGUCACACAAGGACACCUGGAAAGCCACAAGGGUCGGCACUUCCACCUUCAUUCGCAUCAAAUGA